AUGUCAACAUCAGAGAACACAACAACAGUUAUAGUCCAUGAAGCUAUAAAUGAAGAAUACGAGUACAUACAGUAUAACAAACAGUUACGUCUCAUUCGUUCGGUCAAAGACGAUAUGUACCAAAUGCAAAGUAUUUUGACAGCAUGUUUUGCUCCAGACACUAAGCGUCCUAAAGACUGGUUUAGGAACCAAAGCACCAUUGAACUCUUAAGCGAAGCACAGCGAGACCGACUUUUUUCUGAAAACAGUGAAGAACAGCGAGUAGGUAAAAAACGGGGUCGCCUAAAACUCAUGAAAACAGUGAAGAACAGCGAGGCCGGAUUUUACCGGGGUCGCCUAAAACUCAUGAAAACAGUGAAGAACAGCGAGUGGGAGAAAAACCCCAGUCGCCAAAACUCUAUGAAAAUCGUGAAAAAUUGCCAAAUGGUUUGA